UAGAUGUCAUGAAGAAGGGUGUUGUGUGCGUUGUGUUUUGGAAUAGCUCAUAAACUGGAUUUAUUUUCGGGAAGUAAAGUAGGAGGAAUGUGGAAGUAAAGUGCCCCAAUUAUUAUUUGUGAACAUCUGGAAUGCCAAAUGAUAUGCGCGCCUGUUUAUAUUUAAAAUCACUCAUAAAAAAUGACCUGCUACGACUGGAUACUUGCUGUUUUGGUAGACCUCGAAUAUUAGUUUGAAAUUUAAACAAUAAGCUACUAUAAUUGGCAUGACUGAAGGCUUAUCAGAAGAUCCUGUUGGAGUUUAGCUAUGAGUUCCAGACCAAGUUCUGGCUCAAGAGCUUCAACAGGACAUUGGAGAUCUGAGUCAGCAGGCCAUCAACGACAUGGAUCAUCAAGCUCAGGACAUAAUAGGUCUGAUUCUGGUCAGAGUGCUGUCUCAGAUCAUCAUACAGAAAGAAGACAUCACAGAUCAAAAAGUGGAAUUCAUAUACAAGAAAAAGAUUAUUUAAGAGAUCCUCCUGACUUACCUAAAGUGGAAUUUAAUUCGUCACAAGGUUUUCAUCAUGACAACCAAUGUAUACGUCCAACAUCUUUGUACCCUUUAAAAAGUAGCAAUGACAGUGGAUUGGUUGGACCGGACGCUUUGCAGCCAGAAAAGGAACCCAUUAAAUUUGAAAUCAGUUUGGUUGGAGCUCCUCCCGAAGUAGAACAACUUGUGAACAACAUUAAACAAGUUGCUGAGCAAUUUCUGUAUCACUGGAAGACUUUUCCUAUUAUACUUCCAAAUCCAGUUUCGCAGUGUGAUAGUUUUCCAACAUCUCAAGUAUCAUCAGAUGGAUCAUUGGGCAGGUCAAGAACAAAAUAUCAUCUUAGGGACUUGUUUAUAGCGCCUUCUUUUGAUGAACUGGACGCAGUUGCUGUCGAUGGGAAAGGGGAACCCAGGAAACUGACUGGAAAACAGUUGGAAUACAUCAGAGAACGUGGCUUGCACAAGGAUAAGUUUGGAAAACCAAAAAGGUUGAACCUGGAACAGCUAGAAAGUAUUAGAUUACAUGGGGAAUUUGAGGUGGAGUCGAUCAAUUUCCCCGGUCAACAGCAUCGAUGGAAACUUUCUCAGCUGCUGCAGAAAGGCAGGGAAAAUAGCAGGAAUUCUUUACUAAACGACCUGGCAUUGGCACUUCGCUUCAUUUUCGUCACCGCCAUGGGCAGAUUGUUUGCGCACUUCUUCAGCAUCAAGGAGGCCGCGAAAUCGUUUAUCAGCGGUCUGUUUCGUAUUCUCGACAUCCUGGUUGGGAUUCCCAGCUUGCAAGCUCAUAAUUUGGAUACGAAAAUUAGAGAGGAGCGAAGUAAAUAUUUGGUUGCUGAAUUAGUUUGUAGGGCCGAAAACGAAGACGCACUAGAAAUUUUAUGUUCCUACAUAAAAAAGCAGCUUAGAAGGGCAGCAACUGAGAAAUUCGAAGUGGCCAGAGAAUGCAGCCAACCUCCCGUCUCCUUACCCUACAGAUUCCUCACUCCCUCCGGCUCAGAACUAGAUUUGAGGUUAUGGGACCGCGCACUCAUGCGCAAAGCCUUGCCAAUUCUGAUGACCAUUCUCGAGAAAGAAACCAGGGGCUGGUUCCUCCACUUUCGCGAGAGACUCAUCGCCGAACUGAGAGCUCAGAAGAUGCCCGACGAGAACAUCGAAAGAGAGGUGAACGAGGCUGUUAUGAAAGAGUACCUUCAAAGGGUAUACAACAGCAUCCUUUCCCAUCCCGAUAUAAACGUACUCGGCGAGGGAAUUGCUCAGUUACUGGUGCAACAAGCUCAGAGCGUGGUUCUGAUGCACAGGGCGGUCGAGAACGUACAACAUCGGCUGCAGAAAACUCAGGAGGAUUAUAAAAACAGACUGAAUCAUGUUCAUCCGAUAUUAUCCCGGAUACGGCCGUGGUUAAGGUCGAAAUUACGGAAUUCCGAUCUCAGGUUUAGUUUUGAGAAUCAGUGGAGUGCUCACGAGGAGGCUUUGGCGCUUUGCAACUCGCAGAGGUUACAUCAGACUGUUUAUUUUUUAAACAGGGACUUAGCAUUUAUGAAAGAGCGAGAACCGGCAUUACUAAGGGAGUUAAAGAAAGUAAAAACACCUACCAGGAGUUUUCUUUGGCCAACGCAAAUAUGGUUGCCGACAAACUGGAUAGUGCGCCGAAAUUUCCAAGGACAGUCCGAAGUAGUACCGACAGUGCUCAGCAAACAAGCAACCAGCAUCACUACGCCUAGAUCUGACCCUAGUCAGCCUGUCUUUCUGGUGGAAAAGGAGAUUGUCAGAACAACUACGACGCGAUGGCCCUUGUGGAGAAUUUUCAAUUACUUCCACAGAACUUGGUGCUGGACGUGGAAUGCUAUGUUCUUUUUCGGUAUUGUCCUUCCUUGGUGCAGUCCCAUCGGACUUAGAGCCCUAUUUUUAUUGGAACCUUUCAUGCCAGACCUUGAACUGUCACAAGUCAACGGAACUUUAUUUCCGCGCAAGUCUAGUCUAACUUCAACCUUGGCUUCUCGCUUGCUAAGUCUUUGGCGACAUAUUUCUAAAUCUAGGACUCAUUUCGAAACUAAACCAGAUACUGGAUUUAUCGGAAAAGGUUUGACUAGACAUCUGAAUCGAAUCUGGAAUUAUUUUUUUAAAGGUCUCUUUGGAACUAUUGCCUUGGUGUUUGUUUUUCCUGUUGUGUGUCUUUUUAUCAUUACCACUAGCCUACUUAUAGCCGUUACAGCAAUUUUCUGGAUGCCUUUGCUCACUUUAUUAGUGCAGAUAACCAAUGGAAUUAUAUAUGACUUAGAUAGUCCGGAAUCUCAUAGAAACCGGUAUUUCGUUAUAUUCGAAGCGAUUUUGUGGAAUAUAGCUCUUCAAGGCUGUCUCCAACCAGUCGCAGCUCUCUUUAUAGCAGCUAUAGUUUGCCCUCUAGUAUCUUUAGUUAUUUUUGCCGGUGGUAUAAUUAGAUAUUGGUUCAGGCUGAUGUGGGAUAACACAAUCUUCCAUCUUAUUAUCAAAAAGCGAGGCAGGGUACCUGCAAGUGAUAGUUUUGUAGUAAAAAGAAUCGCCGGACCCGGGCUUGCUUCAGACUAUUAUUUCCAAAUCAGCCCCGAACAAGCUUUGGCAGCUUUUGAAGCGAAAAUGGAGUGGGACGAACUAGCAGCGUAUCAGACGGUUAUAGAAAACACUAUAGUUCAACCUCAGAAAGACUUCACUCAUUUCGUCGAAGCGUGUUUUGGCAGCUUUUCCGCGCAGCUUGCUAAAAACGGACCUUAUAAAAACCUAGAAAAAGAGGGUCAGGAUCUUUUAACUGUUUUGCACGAGAAAUUGGAACGUAGACGUAGAGAUUUACAAACGGGAUUAAGCAUUACUGUAAAAAGCAAAAUAAAACUAACUACUUUAGAAUUGAAAAUCGCUAUUCAGCAAGGUGCGAUGAUGCUGGAAAAGUUCUAUCCCGCUCAUAUUUUUCAACAUUUAUCUUGUAACGAAGAGGAGUUUUGGGAUAAUAAGGCUUUGAGCACUGGAGAUUGGGCCGGAUUGGCUGGCUUGCUCUAUUCGGAUUUGUUUAGUUUAGAUUUUUUGACGCCGCUGGAUCAUAGCGAUACGACGUUUCGACUGGACCCGCAUCCUCAGGCAGAUUUGACUAGAUACACAGAGAUGGUUCAGUGUGCACAAUUAGGAGCUGGAGGGCCAGACUUAUUAGGAAAUGUAUAUACACCAAGAGGAAAUAUUCAAGUACACGCUCCAUAUUUAGAAGUUUCGGCAUUCAAUCCUAGGGUCAAACAGUCUGCGACCGGGAAAAAGUCUGAAAAGAAAGUUGAAUCAACUACGGCUCUAGGAUCACUAAAAGGCACAAGAACUACGUUAUGGAUGCCCUGGAAACAAAGGUACAAACCAUAUUCUCCAGAUAAAAUGGUUAUACCUUUACCCGUGCCCCAUCCAGCUCAAAUAGCAGUUACCAUUUACAAUAGGGAUUCAGACGAUCCAAUUUCGCUAGAGUCUGACAUCUGCCAAAGCAUAUUGAGGUGUAUCGAAGAACACCAUGCAUCCCCAGAUGAUAGUGGUAUAGGUCGAUUUCGAAAUGGCGACGAUUCCUGCGGUACUAUGAGUUCCAGCUCGGGGACGUUGGACAGUCCGCCCACUAAAGUGGAGGACACGAUUCAAUCGACGGAGGGUGUGUAUCAGUGGACAUUAAACAAUUGGGGUCAGCGCAAGCGUAAUAAUUCGGGCAGUGUGAGGGUUGACUUGGCCAGUCCGGAAGACGUCACUCUGGAUAGUGACAGUACUAGGGUUGUGUUCAGUACCUACGGCACAACCGUGUAAUAUCCUCUUUGAGUAGUCUUUUUGCUUUAAUUUGUUAUGCCCCAUUAUCUUUAAAUAUGAAUUUCCAAACAAUAUACAGAUUGUUUCAAAAAAACAUGACAUCUCUUGUGAGAAUAUUCCUCACGUAAAAAUAAGAUUUAUUUCUUAUAUGAACGAUAUACCGGGUGCGUCUCAAAAGUGGUUCACCCCU